GCUGAUAGGCUAAUAUACAGCAAGCCACUUGGAAAUAACAGAAAAAGUUCACGGUUGUAGGAUCAUGUGUCCGGCGUUGUAGAGAGGUAAGCUCUGCUACAGUGUGAUGUUUUAGAAAGCUCAGUGGACAGGAGCGAGUUCUUUCCACCGAGGGUUAGCCGUUGUGUAGCCGCCAUGCUAGCGGGUGUGGUGAGGGUGUUGUUCACUGGAGCCCUGCUGCUCAGUCUCUGCCUGGGCGCACAUGGGGGGUCCGGGAGGAGACGGGCUCGGGGAUGUCACCAGAAGAGACAGGCGGGAAGUCCACCCUGGCAGGGAGACCCCCGGAUCCCUCGGAAGUACUGCAAUCCUGAUGGGAACAGCAGCUCGUCUGGGAAUAUCAUCCAGGCAUGUGGCUCUGGUCAGUACCGGGAAUGGAGAGGUCCUUUCCAAGGCCUGUGCGUGCCGUGCAGCUGCAACCGUCUUUCCAACCAGUGUGACCCAUUUACCGGAAGAUGUCUGAAUUGCCAGCACAACACUGCAGGUGACCACUGCGAACACUGUGCUGAGGGUUACUAUGGUGACGCGGCUCAAAGGACGUGCCAACUGUGCCCGUGCCCUUUUUCUGUGCCAUCUAACAGUUUUGCGUUGGGGUGUAUGCAAGUUGGCAAUGAAUUUGAAUGCAUUUGUAAGCAAGGCUACGCUGGAACAAGAUGCGAAAAGUGCGCACCUGGUUACUAUGGUAACCCACUGUUACCACAAGGGAAGUGCCAGGCAUGUAACUGUUCCCAUGGUGACCCCACUAAGUGUCAUCCUACGACUGGAGAGUGCGGGAAUCCUAAUGGUUCGGACAACUGCCAAGAGUGUGACAUGUGUGUGGUGAUCCUGAUGAGCGACCUUGAGGGGAUGGAUGCUGAGCUGACCCUGUUGAAGGCUCAGCUGCAGAAGUUAAACGGCAGCGCCGUCCCUCUGGCUCAGCUCAAGAGACUGGAGACGGCCAUCACCGACACCAGGGAGCUGUUAGGCCGGUUCAAUGCCUCUGUUGCCUCCCUGAGGUCCAAGGUCACACAGCUGGGGUCAGACAUGAGGACCACAGAUGAGGACCUGGUUGCCCUGGACAUCAAGUCUAAGCAGCUCCUCUCCACGUCACAAGGAGUGUUGCGGAAUGUGACCCACAGCAAGCAGAGAGGUCACGACCUGCUGAACAGAGCCCAAGAUCUUUUCCACGAUAUACAAGAGCUGCUGGAGGAGAUCCGCAGGGCUAAUCAGAGCCACAGCGGCGGCCUGGUGCCUGAGGCGGAUGCUGCGCGGAUGCUGAGGCAGGCUGAGCAGAUGGUCCAGGAGAUGAGGAGGCGGAACUGCACGGCCCAAAUGGCAGUGGCACGCACAGAGCUCCAGCAGGCCCAGAACCUGCUUGACAUCAUUCGGAAUCUCACGGAUCCCUCGAGCACCAAUCAGGCGUUGGCAGACAGGAUUGGAGGGUCUCUCAUGAGGGAUCUGGCUGCACUGAUGGAUCUGCAGGAGGCCUUGAGACACGCCGAAGACAUGUUGCGGCGUACACGCCACAUCAACAACCAGAGCGAGACCACCCUCCGCAAAAUACAGUCCCGCGCAACAGAGCUGAGGGAGGAGAGAGACAUGAUCACCGCUGACCAGCUGAUGGCAAGGGAGCUGCUGGGAAAUAUCUCCGAUCUGCUGAGCAUGUUACAGGACAGCAAGACAGAAUAUGAACAUCUGUCAGCACAGCUGGAUGGAGCGAAAACUGACCUCGCCAAGAAGCUCAACUCCCUCUCCUCGUUGCCAUCUACUGCGGGCCUUGUGCUUCAGGCUGAGAUCCACGCGCAGAACCUCAGUGAUCUGGCCAUGACCUUCUCCAUGGAACUGCAGAGCGUGGUGAAUGCCUCGAGCGUGCGGGACUCCAUGGCGGCCGUCAGUGCCUACGCAAACAUCAUCAAGGCCAUCGAGGAGGCUGAGGCUGCCGCCAGGGAGGCCAAGGAGGCGGCAGAGAGGGCAUUGGAGGAUGUUACAAAGCAAGACCUUACCAGGAAGGCCAAGAAGCUGAUUGGAGAUGCAAGCAGCUUGCUGUCCAAAUCCAAGGAGGCAGAAAAGAACCUGAAUGACACGGCAGCAGAAUUAGGCUCACAACAGAAACGGGUUGUUUUGGCUAAAGACAAGAUGGCUGCUCUGUGGAGGCAGUUACGGACUAGCCAGCAGAACCUCAGCAAGAUCAACAGAGGUGACACAGAACGUCUCUUAAACUCGACCAAGGCCGAAGUGUCAGCUGCUGAGGCCAAUGUCAACACCAUGACAACGAGAAUUAAGGAAAUCAGGGACGGUCUGAGAAACAUUAGUGUUCCGUCUGCAGGGGGGUCUGAUCUGGAUGAGUUGCUGAACCAGACAAACAAUGCAUUGAAGGCACUAGAUGAAACAUUUCCCACACUGGUGAAGACCCUUGCAGAUGUGGAGAAUAUCAGUGCUCUGGCUCCCCCUAGUGGCAACAUGUCAGAGAGCAUGAGGCGGAUCCGGGAACUAAUCAAGCAGACGAGGCAGAUGGCUAACGCGGUGAGUUGUCCACUCCAGUAA